AUGUUCCGACAGAGUGUUCGGCGAUUUGGCACUACCGCCUUGCGCGCGGUAGAGGCAUCUACUGCCUACCAUGAACGAGUAUCUAAGGCGCAGGGCGUGGUAAAUGGUCUGACAGAGGCUAUUGGAAACACACCUCUUAUCCGGUUAAAACGACUUUCCGAGCAAACCGGAUGCAACAUCCUCGGUAAAGCCGAGUUCCAGAAUCCUGGCGGCAGCGUGAAAGAUCGUGCCGCUCUGUUCGUCGUCAAGGAUGCGGAGGAUAAGGGUCUCCUGAAGCCUGGCGGUACCGUUGUGGAAGGCACGGCUGGCAACACCGGUAUUGGGUUGGCGCACGUGUGCCGGUCAAAGGGCUAUAAGCUGGUCAUCUACAUGCCAAACACCCAGUCGCAGGGAAAGAUUGACUUACUGCGUCUUCUGGGCGCCGAGGUCUACCCUGUGCCCGCGGUCGCAUUCGACAACCCGCAGAACUACAAUCACCAAGCUCGACGACAUGCCGAGUCGUUGGACAACGCAGUAUGGACAAACCAGUUCGACAACACGGCCAACCGUCAAGCCCAUAUCGAUACGACGGGUCCUGAGAUCUGGACGCAAACCGGCGGAAACAUCGAUGCUUUCACUUGCGCUACGGGAACGGGAGGGACACUGGCUGGUAUUACCCGCUACCUGAAGACUGCCAGUGAUGGGCGGGUGAAGUGCUUCCUUGCCGAUCCCCCCGGCAGUGUGCUCCAUAGUUUCAUUCAGAGCGGUGGAAACUUGAUCGAACGCAGCGGCAGCAGUAUCACAGAGGGUAUCGGCCAGGGCCGUGUCACGGAUAACCUGCAGCCCGAUAUCGAUCUUCUUGACGGAUCGGUGAACAUCAGCGAUGAAAAGACCAUCGAGAUGGUCUACCGCUGUCUCGAUGAAGAGGGUCUCUAUCUGGGCGCUAGCUCUGCGCUCAACGUUGUCGCUGCCAAGGAGGUUGCCGAGAAGCUCCCCAAGGGAAGCACUGUCGUGACUAUCCUGUGUGAUGGCGCGUAUCGGUAUGCUGAUCGACUCUUCUCCAACACCUGGCUGCAGAGCAAGGGUCUGAGAGAUUCGAUUCCCAAGCACCUUGAGAGAUACGUUGUACUGCCAUGA